AUGGAGCGGUCCGUGCACCGCGAGGACAAGGAGAAGGUGCUCGUGCGCGUCAACCUCGGCGACCACCGCGAGAACCUCGAGGUCGAGUCGCACGGCGGCGAGGUCUACUGGGUCCCGCUCGGCAAGCCGCUCGGCAUCGUCUUUAAAGAGGCUCCCGACGGAACAGUUAUAGUGGACGAGCUCGUGCCACGUGGCAACGCUGACAAGGCAAACCCACCCAUCCAGCCUGGCGACAGGCUGCUUGCCACGUCAGCAUGGGCGUCAGACUCCAACGGUCAGCGGCAGCAGGUCAUGUUCAAGGCAGUGGGGGAGCCGUUUGACAUAGUCAUGGCUGCCAUAGGCUCCAACUCAUGUGCCCAGUGCCAUGUGGCUGUGGUGCUGGAGCGACCAGGGAAGGAAGUUCAGGAGUAG